GCCUCUCCUUUAUCCUCGUCCCCUCAGCUUUUAUGCGAGUGUCUGCGGCCCCUCGGCUCCACAGCGACUCGGAGCCUCGGAGCGUCACAUGCAAACAUGAGCGUCCUUCCGUGCAGCUUCCUCCUCGUCCUCGUCCUCUGCCUCUCCGUCGUCACCGAUGCCAAGCGGCAGUCUGGUCAGGCGAAACCCGACAAACCUCGCCAGCCUCCGUCGGAACCCCCGCCGGCCAAGAGGCCCAGAAACCGCUCGGUGCCCGGCUCUGGAGAGCUGACCACCAAGGAGGGACACCGCUGCACCUGGGAGACGUCCGGCGACGGCCUGGUGAGCCUGGUGGUGAACUGCAGCACUGAGACGCUGGGGGAGCAGCAGAGGUAUUGGUGCCGUUACGCCGGUAAACCGGACCUGUGCCAGGCGUACGGCGUGAAGUCCAGCCAGUACUGGAAGCAGCUGGUGGGGAAGCUGAAGAAAAGGCAGAACGCCUGCGACGGAGAAAAAGUCCUGAAAGCCAAGACCUGCAAGAAGGCGCCCGCCGAGGCCCACAUGAAACUCGCCCAACACAGCGGAGAGGAGGAGAGGAAGGGCGGGAAGGAGGGAGGGAAGAAGAAGGGAGCGUCUGCCGGCAAGAAUCAAGACGGAGGGAAGACUGAGAGGAAGAAGAAGAACGAAGAGGAGGAGGAGGAGAAGAAGAGGGAGGAGAGGACUGGCUUUGAGGAGGAGGGAGUGAUGAACGACAUGCAGCCGCUGCAGAGUUACUGCAGCGAGGGAUGGAACUCCGUCUGCUCCUUCUUCGUCAAGUUCUUUGAGGGUUGAUGGGAAAGGAAGGAAGGGACGGCAUCAAAAUCUGAAAAACAAGAAGGAUGGAAAUGUUUUUUUAAAUCAUAAAAGUUAGAUUUUGAAGUAAAACAAAAAAAGAAAAAUCAGAUUUGUGGGUUAUAACAGAUGAAGCCUCCUGGCAUCUAAUUUGCAACUUCAUUAAAACGUAAAACUGAAUUAUCCAUGAAAUCAAAGCCAUCAGCACGAAUGAAGCUGGUUUAUAAUUCAUGACAAACGCCUCCAGUCAGAAACUGUUUGUGUUCAGUUAGUUUCACGACAUUUAACGUUGUUGAGUUUGUUGUAGUUCAUUUUGAAUCAGAUGUUGUGACUAAUAAAUCAAUUAAGAUGAUGAUGAUGAUGACGAUGAUGAUGAUGAUGAUGAUGAUGAUGAUGACGAUGAUGACGGUAGUGAUCAGUAGAUAUAUAGUCGAGUUUUUUUAACUUCAAUUGUUUUGUGCAACUAAUGCUUUCUACAAACUUUGUGUAACUUUUGUAAAAAAUAAAAAUGAAAAAAAUCU